AUGACAUCACUGAAGACACCUUCGAAGAAGUGUUCGCAUCUACUUCCGACACAACAUAUUGGCGACGAGCUGGACGUACGAUCCACCAUCUCCGGAAAGUAUUCUCACGGCAGUACAGUAACAACUUCGAGGGAUAAGGCAACACGCAUUGCUCAAGUAGGUUCCCUGAAGUCUUUUGAUGAGUCUACUAGUGACUGGACGGCGUAUGAAGAAAGACUUCAGUCCUAUUUGAAUGUCAACCGCAUUGAGGAUGACAACAAGGUCGACGCCGUCGUUAGUAUUAUCGGGCCAAAAACAUACGCACUUUUGAAGUCUCUCAAAAGCCCGGACGCUCCUUCGAAAAAGAAGUUUAAAGAGAUACUGCAGUUACUGCGGGAGCACUACACCCCGAAACCUUCUGUCAUUGGUGAACGAGCGAAAUUCCACAGACGUACUCAGCUAGACGGCGAAAGCAUUAAAGAUUUUGCUGCAGCGUUACGGAAGCUUGCUGAAACUUGUAAUUUCGGCGCAUUUUUGGACGAGUCCCUGAGGGACAGGUUUGUUUGUGGGCUACAGCGUGUAGAAAUUCAAAGGGUCUUAUUUACGGAAGACAAAAACCUAACAUUUCAGAAGGCAAUUGAUAAGGCGCAAGCAUUAGAAAGCGCGACCCGUAAUGCCACAGCUACGCAUGCCAAAGAAGAUAGUACGGAAGGACUGCUUCAGAUGAAAGAAUCUAAUCUAACGGUGUUCAAGGUGCGCAUCCACCAAACACGCAUCGCAAGCGUGCCCGUUCUUAUCGGCUGUCUGUUUCCAUUGUAA